AUGGUAGGUCAUCAAGUUAUUAUAGUGUUAUUUUCGAUCUUUUCAAUUUGUUAGCGAAGUCUUAACUAUUUGUAAUUCUCCAUUUAGGUUCUCUUUGUGUUGUACGAGCAUGCCUCUGGCUAUGCAGUAUUCAAAGUCAUCGCGCAGGAAGAAAUCGGAGUCCUUUUACCCGAAGUACAAGAGUCUGCUACUGAUCUUUCUCGAUUCGGAAAAUUAGUGAAACUUGCUGCGUUUUCUCCCUUUAAAUCGGGAACUAAUGCACUGGAUAACAUCAACUGUAUAUCUGAAGGUUUGUGAGCGUAUAUACAAUUCUCUGAAGUUGCUUGAUCGUGGGUUGUAAAGUUUGUUUUGGUAGUACGUAUUGAAUGAAAUAAUUAUUGUGCGUGACGUAGCUACAAUUUGCUUCACGUGUUAGAAAGAAUUGGUUUUGUUGUGCUUCUCCUUCGUCUUUCUGACUGCACAACCAACCCUCCAUCAAGUAAGAUCGAGUAUCGAUCACAUUGUGCAUCGAAAUAAAGUAUUAAUAUGCUUUCAUGGCAGAUCUAAAAUCCCCUUGAAGCUACAUUUUGUAAUUAUUUUUGAAGCAUUGUAACUUGCAUGUAGUUAUGGUAGUGUGAUGUCUUUUUAACUCUUUACACCCUAGUGUAGGUAUUCGUAUUCUCCACACUAUUCUUGACAAGGAGAAUUUGUUUGACAGUUGGAAGUUUCUUAAAUUGUGGACCAUUUUCCUUAUUCUCCUGACCUGUACAUUUCAACCAAGGGGGGUACUGUGAGGAGAAAUUAGAGGACAGUAACUCUUUGGGGUUAGAGGGUUAAGUUAUAUAUUGCCAGUGAUUCCAGCUGACUUAGUAUGACAUUUUUAUUUUACUUAAGGUAUUAUCCAUGAUGACCUCAAAACAUUUUUGGAGGCAAAUGUUCCAACUGGGAAAAAGAAGAGUAAAGUUCUUCUUGGCGUUUCGGAUGCCAAACUUGGGGCAGCUAUUCAGGAGACUGUAAACAUCCAGUGCGAGUCUGGUGGAUUGGUGUUAGAGGUCCUCAGAGGAAUAAGAUUUCAUUUUGAGAAGAUGAUCAAGGGAUUGACUGGUCCAAUGGCUGCCAAGGCACAGCUGGGUUUGGGCCACAGUUACUCUAGAGCAAAAGUAAAGUUUAAUGUUCAUCGUGUAGACAACAUGAUCAUCCAGUCCAUUAGUUUGUUGGAUCAGCUGGAUAAAGACAUCAAUACCUUCUCCAUGAGAAUCAGGUGUGUACAGUGAUGCAUGGUGUAGUUUGGGAAUGGUAGGAAAAUUUCUGGACAUGGAAAUUUGGAUAUUCAUUAUUGUAAGGAUGUGCCAAAAUUUGUAAAAUUGAUAUUUGAACCUAAAUUGACUGUUGAUUAAUCUAUAUUUUUUUGAUGAUUCUUGAAUGGUGGAGGAGUAACGGGGUGAGAGUUUUUAAAUAGGCAGAGUGCAUAGCGUGAGGUUGAUUUGAAAUUAGCAGCAUGAUUACCCCUGAAUUGUAUAACAUGAAAUGCCAUAACUAAUUGAAUGUGUCAAUAACAAAAUGUGAGAAACUCGGGAAUGAAGAAUAUAAUGCAUUGAUAUAUGUUUGGUUAAAAUGUGGACCCCUUAACCUGCUCAUGUGAGAAGUUUUGUUCUUUUCUAUUGGCUGGCAUUGUCUAGUGAGGCUGGUGGCUCAAAGAGCUCAAAUUUUAUUGGCUACCACACUGUCCAAUUAGGCCUGUAGAUACAAGUGUCUGUAAUUGGAUGUGUAAAAUGGGACAGUCUGGACCUAAAACAGCCAAUAAGACCACAAAUCUGAUUGGUCAAGAACCUCUCAUAUUCAAGCAUUUGUUAUUGACACCGCUAUGAUCAUUACAGAAAAUGCACUGGAAUACCUUUUUGUGUGUUGUAAAUUUAUCCCUGUUUGUUCCAGAUACACUUGAAAUUGAACGUUCAUUGAAAACAAAUGUUUGGAAUAUUUUGAAGAUGAAGUUAUUCCCAAUGCAACUUUAGAAUGGCAGAGGGAGAGGUUGAUCACUUACUAUGAGCACCAGAGAGUAUUCUAACUUGUCCUGGGACACUACUCCCUUUAAAUAACCUUUAAAUGCCUGCGGCCUCCCUUGUCCCACAGCACCUACUCAGACCACCCCUAAAGCUUGCCUGUACUCACAUGAGCUUUUUUUCCUUGGUAUAGAGAAUGGUAUUCAUACCAUUUUCCAGAGCUUGUCAAGAUAGUCUCUGACAAUUACAUGUAUGCAAAAGCAGCUCAAUACAUCAAAUCUAGAAAGGAUUUCUCUGAAGACAAGCUGGAAGGGUUGGAAGAAAUUGUGAUGGACUCAGCAAAAGCCAAAGCAAUUUAUGAUGCUUCCAAAUCAUCAAUGGGUGAGUGAACUGGUAAAUAAUUACCCUAAACUAAAGAAGUGUUUUUUGUGUACUGAGGUGUUCAUAAUGGCUAAAUUCUAGCAUAGUCUUCGAAUGAUUUUCACACUUAUUUCACUUAUCAAUUUAAUAUUCCUGUGAAAGUCAAGUCUUGCUGAGGCAGGAAAUGUUCCAGCUCAUAUUAUCAUCUGCUUCUAUCUUGCCUGCAUUAGGCUGGUGUUAGAGUAUUGCAUGCCCUUAUAUCACUCUAGAUCUUGAAGAUGUAGAAUGUGUUCAGAAAUGCAUUGACUUAGUUGUAUCUAAUACUGCGCGUAUACUCUAUCAUCUUCUACCACCCAAGAACAUUAGCAGAUACAAUUUUGGAAACCAGCAUAUAUUUUUCUCCAAAAAUGUGCACUUAAUUGUUACAUGAAUAUAUUUAUUCCAUCCAUGUCCAAUUGGUAGAACUUUUAUACGUAAUUAUACAUGGUGAUACUUUACUGAAAUAUAACAAUAUACUGCAUUGACAUUUACAACUUUCCAACUCAGUUACUGACCUAUCUCAAUUUUGUGGGUUUUUAUUUCCUUAGGGAUGGAUAUAUCUCCAGUGGACUUGAUAAAUAUCCAGACCUUUGCAUCAAGAGUGAUCAGUCUGGCAGAAUACAGGAAGAGUCUCCAUACUUAUUUGGUUUCUAAAAUGAAUCAAGUGGCACCCAAUCUUUCUGCCCUUAUCGGAGAGCAGGUGACAUAUAAUGAACUUUCAGUAUAGAUAACUCCAAUACCAUAUUAGCCUCAAAAGUACAUGUUUUCUUCCCCAGUGUCAUUGCUUCAUAGCAAAUGAAUCAAAGUACCAUUUUUGGCAAUUUAUCCUGUGAUUCCAUUUGCAAAAACUUUGCCACCUUUGCUCAGAUUUGUUACAGUUGUUUUAACAGUGUUGUAUCUAUUUGGUACAGUUGUUUUAAUUAUCAUCAACCAGGGUUAGAAUUUGUUGCUUUUUUUUCUGAAUCACUUCAGUCAGAUUUCGUCAAGUGACAUUGGUAACAGUAAUUUUAGAGUAACAUUGGCAGUUUGAUGAUAACAUUUCCAUGUUGCUAUUUUUAUUGAAAAGUCCAUGUGUAAUCUACAGGAGAUAAGCCAAGAAAUUUGAAAUAAUCAGCAUACAAUGCAAAGAUACAAUUAAAUUACACCAAAAAACUUGACACUGUUCUCUGAAAGAUUCCCUCCUUUUUUUUCAUCAUUCUUAAAAUAAAGGGAUAAAGUGUUGCAUGGGGGGGAGAGUUGUCAACUUCAUGUGUUUGAGUCACAUUGGUAAGUUGGUCAUGUCUUUAUUUUAGGUUGGAGCUCGGUUGAUCUCUCAUGCUGGAAGCUUGACAAACCUGGCAAAGUAUCCUGCAUCCACAGUUCAGAUACUUGGAGCUGAGAAAGCUUUAUUCAGGUGACUAAUUUCUUUUCAAAAAAGGUGUUCGUUUUUCCUGUCAAAUAGGAAAAUGAUUGACUGUGCAGUUCUCUUAACCCUAUAAACCUUUAGAGUGACUAGUAUCUAAUUUUGCCUUACAGUAUCAAAAUUAAUCCUUUAACUCCCAGAAGUGAUUAACAUGCAACUUCUCCCUUUAAUAUCCAUACAUUAUUCAGCAAACAGGUGAUGAGAAUACUCAAAUUUAUCAGGUAGAAGUUAUCUUGAUCUAACACAAAAUUCUCAUAAUUAAUUAAUAAGGAAAUGUGUAGCAGCUGGAGGGGAGAAUUAACAAUCAGAUCUUGGGAGUUAAAGGGUUAAGGUCACAAGAAUAAGAGAAAUUAUUGCUAACUGAAGAAGGUCUUGAUUGUCUAACAAAUUCUCCUUUUCAGUACUUAAGGAAAUGUAUAGAGAACAGAACAGAGAAUAUAAAUAUUAAUGGUAAGGGUAAGGGUUUAAUUGUGAUAUGAUUCAUGUUACCUUUUUCUUUCAUAGAGCACUGAAGAAAAAGGGAAACACACCAAAGUAUGGACUUAUCUUCCAUUCAUCUUUUAUUGGCCGUGCUGGGGUGAAGAACAAGGGUCGGAUAUCAAGGUACUUGGCAAAUAAGUGCUCCAUUGCCUCAAGGAUUGACUGCUUUGCAGGUAUGCUGAUAAUGAACUUAAACUUUGUUUGCAUAAUAAAUGUUUUAGUGUUUCAGUCUCAUAAUGGUAGAUCUGUUGUUGAUAUGAUAUUCUUACAGUGAUCUAUAAUCAUUUCAUAGAAGUACAUUUGUAGGUGGAUAGACUGUUUGCUACCUCUGGUUUCCUAUCCAGAUGAAUUCAGAAGAUCUCAGAGGGGUUUUUCUCAUAAGGUUUUUUCUCUUCAUGACCAAAGAAGAUGAUGGAAAAUUAAGGACCAUUAACGGUCCAAACACUGCAUCAACCUAAAUAUAUUCACAUCCCCAAAUCAUGUGUGGAACCUGUCACUUGUACUAUUUUAGAUAUGGCUAGUGUUGAGCAAAUAAAAAGAAAAAUCACUGAUAAGAAAUUGAAUCCAUCUGAUUUGCCUCUCUCAACCACCAAGCCCUCAGGGAACUUUUGUCCCGUCAAAUCAAGCACUGUAGAUUCUACUGUUAGAUGCCCAGGUGACACUUUUGAAGUCCUAUCGUUGCAGAUCACAAUCGAAACAAGAUGUUUGCACUUUUCUCGUUCAUUGGUUAUGGGAUUUUGGGAUCAAAUAUCAGUGCAAAAAAAACUUAAUUACAAAGAGAUAAACAAGUAAAUAAAUCAGUAGGUUAAUAAUGAUUUAUUGAUUGAUUCUGAUUAUCUGGUUUUUUUUUUCUAUCAAUAGAAACACAGUCCAGUGUGUUUGGUCAGAAGUUACACGACCAAGUGGAGGAUCGACUGAAAUUCUACGAAACAGGAGAGGCUCCAAGGAAGAAUAUUGAAGUUAUGAAAGAAGCUAUAGCUGAGUUUGUGGAAACGAGCAAUGCGGCCGAUGACGAAUCGACUGAGAAAAAGAAAAAGAAGAAGAAAAAGAAGGAGAAAAAACAGAAGGAUGAAGCUGUUGAGGAAGAAGAGCAAGCGCCUUUGGAUACGUCCGCUGCUUCAGAAAAUGGACACGACGAGGGAGGCAAAAAGAAAAAGAAGAAAAAGGAGAAAGGAGAGAAGAGAAAGGCAGAAGAAGAAGAAGAAGAGGAAGUCGUGCCUGUCAUCAGCCAAGAAUCAAGUGAACCGAAGAAAAAGAAGAAAAAGAAAAAGAGAAUUGACGAAGAAUAAUGUGCCACUGAUUUAGCUUACACCUCCUGUCCAGCACAACAACUGCAUUGAGGCCAGACACUUUAUGGUCUGAGAAAAAAUGUUUUUAUAAUUGAAGUCAGUUGUUUUAAAUGAAAUAAGUAAUGUAUGUCGUUUCUUACCUGUAAUAGAAGAGAAAAAAUUCGUUUGCCUGAUAUGCUCUUAAUUAAACUUAUCUUUUUUCGUUCUCUCUUGUCUGUUUUUGCUGAUCACGCGACGAUAGCCUUUUAAUUUGUUUGUAGCCCGCUUAGCUUCAGAUGGUCAAACUAGCCACACCCCAAUCCCUUUAAAUUUCUCACAUAAUUCUUUUAUAGACCCG